GUCUAUUUCAUAGUGACGUGCAAUAUCGCCAUGUUAAUAAUGUUAGUGUAAUGGGCUCUAGGGUAAUAGAGCUUCGUCUAUGUAACGAGACGAGUGUAGUGUUACACCGUCAUUUUCAUAAUAUUCGCCAUGGUUCAUGGACAACGUGGUUACCAGAGCGCUUAUUGCCUGGUGGCGAUGUAACUUUAUCAUGUGUGUUUACUCGCACAUUUAACGGUUUACGCUUUUUACUGAACUAUGGUGUGAUACUGAACCGUGUUCGUUACAUAUUAUCGCUGCGUCUUGACCGUUCUAGCAGCGGAGAGGUGUUUAGUGGUGUGUUUGUACCGGAAUCGCAACUUGAUACUGGCAGUACCGCUAACGUCGACACUACAUGUCCCGUUAUCUUCAAGGUACAUCACAAUCAAUUGGAUAACUCAACUGGCAAUCGUUUUUGCAAGACAUUUUUAAUUCGUGUCCAGGAGACAUCCGACGGCAGCUUAUACAUUAAAGGCCUGAAGGAAUGCUUAGAAGAACUGUUGAAGCGCCACAAUGGCGGUAACCUAGCUAAAUUACCUACUGGUGGUAUACAGGCUUUCGAUCAGUAUGAAGCACUUCCUGAUGACUUUACGUGGACGCAGGGGAGUAACUUAUGGCUGCCCAGUCUUAGGAAAACAAAUCGUUCGCUUUUAAUCCGGAUCGUAAAUCUCUGUGGUAAACAUUUAAAAUUAGAUUUAUCUCCUAAUGGCACUCGUCUUGACGAUGGCCACUGGGUUGAGUACCCUAGUGAGGACCUUGCUCCAAACUGCGUAACUGAGUUCGGUGUGCGUAGUAAUGGAUUUUUUGGCGGUACCAGUGGUCGGUGCAUUUAUGGCAUUAUGGGUGAGAGUGGAACCUUGACUUUUAGUUGGGAUCAGCCGUCUAUAGGAUCUAUGGGCGCCAGUGGAGUCCACUCAAAUGGUACCUAUUGUAUAUCUAAGCAUGUUGAGACACUAAACGCUGCUACUUUGGUAUUUCAUGUGUAUAACGUUUCACCUCCAAACAUUGACAUUUGGGCAGCUCGUGCUAUAUCUCCAUCGGUACCUAGUAAGCUUAUAGACCUUGCUUCCAUGCCUGUGGACUCACGCUGGUUUCAUGACUUUAGCCGUGUUACCUCAGUCCAAGGCAGCGGGAUCCCUGCUGAUCGCAGUAAAUAUGCAGUAGUCGAUGUGCUUCGCGAGCUUUUGGAGUAUCACUGGAAUGGUGCAGAGUCAGUUGACGUGGGAUCAACCAGAGCUGAAAGUAUUCAAAGUGCAGAAUCGUGUGAACCUGCAGUCGGCGGCUCUACUGUGGGUAAUGAAUUCUACUUAAAGAGCCCACGUCAUUUUUUGAAGUUUGCAAUGGCCAACAAGAGUCGCGUGUCGUCUAGGUUAGGUGACGACUUUUUACUAUACCUAGAUUGGGGCAUUGGCAAUGAGCGUUUCGCUAAGGUUUUCAGCCCUGACGAGCGUAUAUAUCUACGAUCGUCAAUACCGAGUGGUAUAGAGAAAAAGCGUUUACUAUUCCAGAGUCGUAUAAUGCAAUUUCGAUGUGACCGUGCUGAAAUCUUUUGUGAAGUUCAACCACCGUUGGUAUCCGCUCGUGACCGUCGUACUCGUCCGUUUUUACAGGAACUAUCGCAAUCUCAACUAUUGGAGUACGUGUUGCUAAUAUUCCAUUCCUUUUGUGAGGGCAUCCAGCCAUAUGUGACUAAGCGUAUGGUUCGCAAGUAUGGCUCUGGUUGGAUUGACCACGUUCGCAUUCCGUUGGGUAAUGUUUGGUACUCUGACGACCAGAUACGCAUUGACGUUGAGGGUAUAGUCUACUUGAUAACUGCGUACUGGUUAGAUUUAUUUGAGGACUUGUUUGAGGGUGAAUCUGCCACUAUCCAGACUAUCCAGACAGCGGCUAUAUACUGGGCUAACCAGGAACUAUACAGAUUUGAUUCUGUGUAUGUAUGGGACAUCCUCGAGGCUACUGAGCACCUUCUUCAUCGGCUAAAAGCCGAAACUUCCUUGCGAAAUAUAGAAUUCAUAUCGCGGAAACUAAUUGUACCCUAAUUAAUAUGGCUUCUGAGGCUGGAAUCCAGC